GUCCUUUGCCGCUUCGCGAAUUGUGCCUGCAAUGAAAAUCUAUGAAAUAUACAGGGGCAUGACCCAAGUACACUUUAUGAAUACGCUCGCGCUAACUAACGAUUUUCAAAGUAUUGCCAACAAAUUAAAGGAGAUAUCACCAUAUGUUUUAAGCAAGUCAUCCGUAAGAGUCGCAAUAACGUGUGAUUAUGAAACCGUUGGAUCAAAUGAAGAUGCACUAAACAAACUUUUGAAAGAAUUACCGGAACGCGAAUGUCGCCCUUUGGAACAGUCUGAAUUCCAGAUAAAAAAUGAGAAAGCUUUUUUCCCACUCCCGUUCUCCGUAAAUUUUAGCGCGGAAUGCUUCAAGGGAGUGCCUUAUACACACUCUGACAGCGCCAAAUUACAG